CUCUUUCUCUAUCUCUCCAUCAAACCCUCCCCCGCAAUUCUCUCCCUCAUCUCACCCCUCCCUCCCUCGCUCUCUCCUUCUCCCCCUCCCUCCCUCCCUCUCUCCCUCUCUCUUCCAGUUGAAGGACAAGGUGAUAGUGGGGUGAAGGUAUAUCAUGUCCAUACCCCCUUCAACCCUCCUUCCUCCACCAUCCCCUCCAGUGACUACUCUGUGUUUCAGUCUCAGGGAAAGCCAGUGUACACCAGUGGAGGAGGUGGUAUUGGAGGAGGUGGGGAAACUCCCACUCAGAAGUUUGUGAGUUAUGACACAGAACUGGGCCGUUCAGAGGGCAUGACCACCUGUACUUCCUGUCAACAACAGGUGAUGACGAACGUGACCUAUAAAGUCGGAGCCUACGCCUGGCUCAUGUGCAUCCUCUUCAUCCUCUGUGGGUUGGUAGUGGGCUGCUGUCUGAUCCCGUUCUUCAUGAAACACUUUAAGGAUGCGUACCACUCCUGUCCUCGUUGCAACCGCAUUAUCCACGUGGACAAGCCACGCUGCUGCUGACCGCCCUACCACCACCCACCACCCUACCACCACCCACCACUAGGGGAGCUGCUGCUGACCACCCUACCACCACCCACCACUAGGGGAGCUGUUGCUGACCGCCCUACCACCACCCACCGCCCUACCACCACCCACCACUAGGGGAGCUGCUGCUGACCACCCUACCACCACCCACCACUAGGGGAGCUGUUGCUGACCGCCAUACCACCACCCUACCACCACCCACCACUAGGGGAGCUGUUGCUGACUGCCAUACCACCACCCACCACUAGGGGAGCUGCUACUGACCGCCAUACCACCACCCACCACUAGGAGAGCUGUUGCUGACCGCCAUACCACCACCCACCACUAGGAGAGCUGUUGCUGACCGCCAUACCACCACCCACCACUAGGAGAGCUGCUGCUGACUGCCCUACCACCACCCACCACUAGGGGAGCUGCUGCUGACCGCCCUAACCCCACCCACCACUAGGGGAGCUGCUGCUGACCGCCCUAACCCCACCCACCACUAGGGGAGCUGCUGCUGACCGCCAUACCACCACCCACCACUAGGAGAGCUGUUGCUGACCGCCAUACCACCACCCACCACUAGAGAGCUGCUGCUGACUGCCCUACCACCACCCACCACUAGGGGAGCUGCUGCUGAUCGCCCUAACCCCACCCACCACUAGGGGAGCUGCUGCUGACCGCCCUAACCCCACCCACCACUAGGGGAGCUGCUGCUGACUGCCAUACCACCACCCACCACUAGGGGAGCUGCUGCUGACCAUCCUACCACCACCCACCACUAGGGGGAGCAGGUGCUGACUGCCAUACCACCACCCACCACUAGGAGAGAUGUUGCUGACUGCCAUACCACCACCCACCACUAGGGGAGCUGUUGCUGACUGCCAUACCAUCGCCCACCACUAGGUGGAGCUGGUGCUGUGGCCAAUAUGCUUUACGACCAGCAGGGGAGCUGUGGCUCUGCUCUCAGUCUGACCACUGGCCACUCUCUCGGUCUGGAUUCCAUUAGAAGAGCACCAGUACAGUGAAAUACCUUUCUCACAGAAAACAUGCUCCCUUUCCCUCAUGCCCCCACAGCUCGGUGUAGGAAUUUGAGAGUGGUUAUAUUUAUCCAGCCCCAUCCCUCAGCUGUUUACCAAUGCAGUGGCGGGGUCAGGGUGACUGUUUUUUGGUAGUUCUUUGAAUUGCAGAUUGCCCUUUAAAAUUUCGGGUUUCAAUACGGCUCUUAUGGACACUCUUUCAGAACAGCGAGGGAGAGGAAAAGGGGGGGGAUGUUUUCAGAAUGGAAUCCAGCCGAAGGGAGAGACCUCCUAGCAGCAGCCCCACAGAAACCUACAGGAUUUACACAGUCGUAGGUUGAAUCCCAAAAUGGCACCCUACUCCCUAUACAGUGCACUACGUUCGAGAGGGAGCUAGUACAAAAGUAGUCCACCAUAUAGGGAAUAGGGUACGAUUUGGGACGCACUUUAGUUUAAAUGCUGACCUAACUUACUGUACCAGAGGGUUGUAAAUAGUAUGAAUCUGUGACCUAUUUUUGUAAAAUAAAAAUAAAAACAAGCUAGCAGAUGAAGACGUGGUAGAGCUCAACCUGGCCCUUGUUCACAAA